AUGCAACUCCCACUCCAGACCGAAGCACUUGUGGUAGACACAGUUGGAGGCGACUUUGUCAUGACUCCAGUCACCAUACAAGACCUAAGGCCGGACGAGGUACUAGUUGAGAUGAAGUACUCAGGUCUCUGCCACACAGAUUUCUACCUCCAGCAGGGCGGUUUUGGCCCGCUCGUAGAAUUCCCGGCCAUUGCCGGGCACGAAGGAGCAGGAAUUGUGAGGGCCAUUGGUUCUAGCGUCAAGGACAAGUCACUCCAAGUCGGCGACUCCGUUUUGCUCUCUUUUGCCGCUUGUGGGGAGUGCAUUUAUUGUCAAGGGGACCAGUUUAGCCGAUGCACACAGUUCGUACCGCUCAACCUAACCGGUAUUCGACGGCCGGAUGGCACCACCCCUGCUAAGCUUUUAGACGGCCGGCCCGUUCGGAGCCAGUUCUUUGGGCAGUCAUCAUUUUCCCGUAUCUCGGCGGUCCAUGAGAACUGCCUAGUCAAAUGUCCAUAUCCUCAGGACAUGGCCAUCUACUCCCCGAUGGGCUGUGGGUAUCAGACCGGGGCGGGGACAAUUCUCAACAUCUUCAAGCCCAAGGCGAACCAAACAAUAGCCGUCUUUGGUGCAGGCAGCGUCGGAUUUGCGGCGAUGAUGGCUGCCGCGACCGUUCCAGGCAUGCAGAUCAUCGCCAUAGACAUCGUGGAGAAAAAGCUGGCAUUGGCGAAGGAGCUCGGUGCCACACAUGUGAUAAAUUCCUUGACGAUCCAAGACAGUGUUGUGGACGAGAUUAAGAAUAUCACGGGGGGGCAGGGCGUGGACUUCGCUGUCGAUACCACUGGGGUGUCUUCGGUUGUCGAGAAGAUGCUUGACUGCCUAGGGUACAGCGGGACAGCGGCGUCCAUCGGAGCGCCACCAAGAGAGGAGAAAAUCAGCGUGGACGUCGGGGCUUUCUUUGCCUACAAGAAGACGUGGAUCAGCGUUGCGGAAGGGGAUUCCCAUCCCCCCGAGUUCAUCCCCAAGCUCAUCGACCUCCACAAACAGGGAAAGUUCCCGAUCGAGAAGAUCAGCAAGGUCUACCCUGUCGCCGACUUCAAGCAGGCCGUGUCUGACAUGAAAGACGGAAUAGUCAUCAAACCGAUUAUUGAGUUCUAA